AUGGCUAACUCGGAGAACAACGUUGCUCUCGUCUUCGGCGCGAGUGGGAUUUCAGGAUGGGCCGCGACAAAGAACCUCCUAUCGUACCCAACUCCCACGACUUUUUCCCGUGUCGUCGGUCUAACCAAUCGCCCUAAGACGGUUGAAGAAAGUGGUCUCCCUCAGGAUCCGCGACUGGAACUGUACUCAGGUAUUGAUCUGAGAUCCAGCUUUGACAAUGUCAUCCAACAAAUGGAGAAGAUCCCUAACCUGGAUCAGAUCACCCACAUCUACUAUCUCGCAUACUCUAACGCUACUGCCUACUCCCAAAAUGUCAUGGACAUUCGGGAUAUCAACGUCCACAUGACCCACAACGCCGUGCACGCCAGCGAUCAACUCUGUAAAAGCUUGGAAUUCCUGGUCUUGCAAACAGGAACAAACAACUACGGUGUCGCCGUAUUUCGGUUCCAAGACAAGAUCGAAAUCAACCCGCCCUUGAAGGAAGACAACCCACGGAUCCCUUCCCCCUGGGGCGACGAGAUCUUCUACUACCCGCAAGUCGACAUCAUAAAAGAAGCCUCGAAAGGCAAACGGUGGAAAUGGUGCGAGGUUCGACCGGAUCAGAUCGUCGGGCACGUCCCCAGUCCAACCAGCAUGACCUACGUGGAGCCUCUUGCUCUUUAUCUCGCUCUAUACCUUUAUGUUAAUGGUCCUGGUGCUAGCGUGCAAUUCCCCGGGAGUCAUAAAAAUUACGAGUACACCUUCACGGACUCAUCACAGGACAUCAUCAGCAAGUCGGAAAUCUAUCUAUCAGUACUGAAGCCCGACCAAGCAAAUGGCGAGGCGUUCAACAUCGCAGAUACCGAGACCCCGGGAUCUUGGAGUGUCAAGUGGCCUCUCCUUGCCGCAUAUUUCGGGCUAAAAGGAACAGGGCCUGGCGAGGAAGGGUGGAUUGAGAUCGACAAAUGGUGGUAUGACCAUGCGGAUGACUAUAAGCAGAUGUGCGCGGAUUAUGGGCUGCAGUAUCGUCAGAUCAAUGAGGCAGCGUGGAUAUUUUGUAAAGUAGGAUUCACGUUGUUGCACCGCAACCGGGAAUUGAGUCUACAGAAGAUUCGGAAUUUGGGAUUCACGGAGGAGGUCCCGGUGGGCCAAAGCUAUAUUGAUGUGUUUGAACAUAUGGCUAGAGAGAAGAUUAUCCCGCCUACGGGCGCUUUGAAGGAUGGCCAUUAA